GCCGAUGAAAAAUCAAGGCAAAAUCAUAUCUUUUGGCAAACAAGAACCUCCCAAGAGCGGCAAAGAAGCAGGGGAUCGCGCCCUCCUCCCCUCCCAUCUCCCUUCCCCACCCCAAUCCAAUCACGUCACUCUCCAUCUCCUCCGCCCCUCUUUCCAAGAUUCUCCCCACCAUCGCCAAAAAGAUCGGCGGCGGGAGGAGAGGGGCCGGCGAAAAGGGAAAGCGAGGGAGGGAGGACGACAGCUUCUCCCUGCAACUGCAAGGGGCCAGCUCGGUGCCGUGAGCCCAGCGGAGAGGCCAGUCCGUCGAUUGAUCGCUCCCCGGACACCCCCGAGACGGGGUUUUUAUGCUGGAUUCCUCCGGCUUUCUUCCUCGCCUCGGCGUCUCUCGCCGGUUCGGUUCUCUUCUCCCACGUGAGGCUUCCGGUUCCCACCAGAGUUUGCUGUUAUAGAGGAGCUGCCUCCUCGCCCUCGGAAUCCGACCUCCGGCGGUCAGCUGUGUUCUUCCGGUCACACAGCAGCCCGCCAUUUUCGCCGGAGGCUGCUGCUGCUGCUGUCGUCCGACAUCCUCCUCUGUUCUUGAUUCCAGUUAAUUUCUUUCCCCGGGCGACUUUGUUGUGCAACUUGCCCAUUGACUGCACACAAAGCGGUUCUUGUUCUUGGCAUAAUUCCAUUCCGUCACGAGAUGGACGACGGGGUGGACCUCCCGAGCCAAUUCCUCUUCUCCAACUCGGAGAUGCCCGGCGCCUUCGACGACCUCCUGGCCGACGCCGCCGCGACCUGCACCCACACGCACACCUGCAACCCUCCCGGCCCGUCGGCCACCAUGCACACGCACACCUGCCUCCACACGCACACCCACCAGCUCUUCGCCGCCGGCAGCGAGGACGACGACGCGGCGCGGCCCCGGCGCCCGCUGGGCAACCGGGAGGCCGUGCGCAAGUACCGGGAGAAGAAGAAGGCCCACGCCGCGUUCCUGGAGGAGGAGGUCAAGAAGCUGCGCGCCGCCAACCAGCAGCUGCUGCGGAGGCUGCAGGGCCACGCCACGCUCGAGGCCGAGGUAGCGCGGCUGAGGGGCCUCCUCUCCGACGUCCGGGCCAAGAUCGACGCGGAGGUCGUCGCCGGCGCGUUCCCGUUCCAGAAGCAGUGCAGCGUCGGCUCCGUGGCGUGCACCGACCCGACCCUCUGCUUCAACAAUGGCAACUCUGAGGUCGGUGGCGCCUGCUGGGGGGACAGCUCUGGGCCGGCGUCUGCGGAUUGCGGGCUCGAUGAAGAUGCCAAUGGCGCCGCUGCGCGGGAGGUCGAUGCGCCGGGACGACCGGUGCGUGCCAUGGAUGUUGUUGAGCUCUGCUUCCCUAGCUGAAUGAGUUGGCAUUUUGUCUCGGUAGUUCUUGCCACGAGGGUUGUUCUUCUUUUUGGUGAAAAAUACACUCUCGUGGAAUGGAAGUGAAACACAGUGAGUAGAACCGAUAUGAUGUUCUCCUGUGUUUCGAUACUACGCGUAUAGUAGCAAUAGAAUUCGGUGCGAUAUUGUAUUGCCAAUAUGUGCUUGGUUAUGGAUCUCUAGCUUGGAUUUGAUGGUAUUCA